CAUCAUUAUUAUCCGAACGUAACUUAGGCGCAGGUCGCCUGUGCUUAAACAAUAUGACGGAGACGGUUUUAAAGAUUAUACUUAUUUCACUCGUAUAUAAUAUUGGAGCUCAUGGACAAGUAGUUAAUGACAGGUACUACCCACGCUACCACCUGGCUCCGCCCUACGGGUGGAUGAACGAUCCCAACGGAUUUUGUGUCUACAACAACGAGUACCAUCUCUUCUACCAGCACAACCCUAACAGCAGCUUGACUUCCACGCUCGUGCAUUGGGGUCAUGCCAAGAGCCCCGACCUCGUCAGCUGGGAACACCUCCCCAUUGCCAUGUACCCUGACCAGUGGUACGACGCAGGUGGAGUGUUUUCUGGAAGUGCGCUAGUUGAAAAUGAUACUAUGCACAUAUUCUACACUGGAAAUGUUAACUUAGAAGGACAAACGCCUGACCAUGCCAAUAGGCAAGCUUACGCAACGAGUACAGAUGGAGUCACUGUUACUAAAUACGCAAGUAACCCGAUAAUUCCCGGUGAUGACCGCCAGCCAAAUUUUCGUGACCCCAAAGUUUGGAAACACGAAGAUACGUACUACAUGGUCUUGGGAAAUUCCUACAAUAACGACAGCUUAGGUCGCAUUCUUCUUUACUCCUCCACUGACAAGAUAAGUUGGAACGAAGUGUCUGUUCUCGACCAAUCUACCGGCACUCUUGGCUACAUGUGGGAAUGCCCUGAUUUCUUCGAGCUCGAUGGGAAAUAUGUACUUCUGUUUUCACCACAAGGUGUUGCAGCUCAGGGGGAUAAAUACAAAAACUUGUACCAAACGGGUUACAUACUAGGUGAUUUUGAUUACUCGACUCUUAAAUUUACUCCUACAUCCGAAUUCAAGGAACUCGAUCACGGUCAUGAUGUGUACGCAACUCAGACUGUACUGGACAACCAGGGACGUAGAAUUGUGAUUGCUUGGUUUGAUAUGUGGGACCAAAAUUACCCGGAACGCUACGAUGGUUUCACUGGUCUCAUGACCUUACCUAGAGAAUUGAAGCUUUCUUCAGAUGGAACUAUUAUUCAGAAGCCAGUAGAAGAAAUGUCUAGAGCUCAAGGGCGCAGUUUGAUCCCCGGAAGAGGGCACAGGGGAAGCUCAAGAGUUUAUACUCUACGAGACAAAGCCGGAGAAAUUAAUGUUCAUGCUGAUGCUUCUAAUGACCUUAAUUUAUACAUCGAGUCUGGAUCUGUGCGAGUGACUCUAUCUUACGAUGCAGCCAAGGGCCAGGUGACGCUGAAUCGUGGAGGCACCGACGGUGUCCGUCGCACAGAAUGGAAACCUUCAGGACAGUUAAAAUGGAGAAUCUUUGUGGAUGCGAGCUCUGUUGAGCUGUUUUGUGGGGAAGGCGAGGUAACUUUCUCGAGCCGAUUCUUCCCUGAUGGUCCUAUCAAAGUUCGCUUAGGACAACAGUCGAGGGCUGAACAUAUUAGCGUUCAUGAGAUAUUGCGCACUGUCCCUCACGGCGGACAUGAUAACGAGAGAUGGCACGUUUGUGUUGGAGGUUAAUGUGGUCACUUAAUAUUUGGGUUGUGAGCAUCGUAAAUAAUUAUCUUUAUAAAUAUGUAGUACCCAAAGAAGUAUAGGAAAAUAUUUAGUUCAUGUUUAUUCAAUAUUUAAGAUACAUUUUAUUGAACUAUGGAUAGAUUAAAAUGUUAUAUUUAUAUCUUUGAAUUAAAUGAAUUAGCAUUA